AGUGAACUGAAGAUUAAAAACACUGGAGGGAGGUGGUGGCGCCUCCCGUCUCUUCCUCCGCCACUUACUUUGCCCCCAUCCAAUCCAAAGCUUAUAUCUUUACCAGUUACAAAUCAAUGGAGCUAUUUGUCAUGACGAGCUCAGAUAAGUUUUUCAUUGCUUCUGUUUUGUUUUUUUUUCCUUAGCUUGUUCACUUUAAUCAGGGCUUGCAUUGGAUAGUGUUGUACUGUGUUUGAUUAUGUUUAUGUUUGUGAGUGUGUUGUGUUCUGGUUUGUAGUUACAGACUAGUUUUGAUAAUGCUUGAUUAAGUUUAUUGGAUGGUCAAGCUUGAGUCUUUAAUAAAAGAUAACAGUAACAUUAAUGAUCCCUGAUUCUUUUUUUUUAAAUGGGAAUUGGAGGGGGAUAGAGUUGACCAUCACGUUCCCUAAUUCAAAGUUGAAGGAAUGGAAUAUGAUUCUGUGAGAGUAAGACAGCUCACUUGUUGACCUCAUUAGUUUGGAGUUUUCUUCAAUAAUUGAUUGUUAGAAUGAGUAAACUUUCUGAAUUAAACUACUUGAUGCAAGUCUAGUUUUAGUUGAUUAAUUUUAGUUUAGUUUGGAACUACUCCCCAAACCAUGUGAAAGGAGACCCAGUUUCCACCUAGCUAGCUCCUACCGCUAAGCUUGAUUCACAAAAUUGGGGGGAAGUGUUGAUUCUGUUGAAGGAAGCAGAAGCGAUGGCGGCAGCUGAUGUUGCUCAAUUUCUGUGGAAAAAGUUCUUGAGGUCUCUAGUGGACGCAGAGUCUGAAUUAUCAGGUUCUAUGAGUCUCUUUUCUUACUUCGUAGCAAUCAAACAUAUCUUAGUAAACAUGCAGAUAAAUCCAUUUUCUUUAGAAAUGUUGAUGCCAUGGAAUGCAUCAUGGGAAGUGAAUACUUAUGUUCGGGCAAAUACUUAUCUCUCGGAGCUCAACUAUGCAUUGGCAGAGUGCCAAAUCUUUGCAAAGGAGUGCAGGGAGCUUAAAAAGAAGAUUUUACCGUUGAAUCCUUCCGCUGUUUUUUUCAUCCUACAGAUGAAGAAGAGGCUGAUGACACUGAGAAGGAAGUUUGAGACUUUGGUGCUUGAGAGCCCAUCAAUAUCUACUUCUAUCUUGAGGGAGGGAAAAGGGAGAAACUCUGUGGAAUGUUUGGGAUUUACUGAGAAGGAUAUAGUGGUGUUAAAGAAGAAUUCAGAAGAAACUGUGGUGUUUUCUGAUGCAAUGAAUUCAGAAGACUUUACAACUAUGGUUGAGCUCUUGGGCUUGCUUGGUGGCUCUGCAGCUGGAAUUGGAUUUACUUCCAUUGGGAUUGUCGGCAUGGCUGGCGUGGGUAAGUCCAUUUUAGUACAAAGACUUGUGGAAGAGACAGCUGUGCUCUCUGAGUUUUCUCCUAUCAUUCAGUUAUGCUUGUCUGAUAUAAUACAAGAACAUAAUGUUGUAGACAACACUAAUAGUGCCAGUGGGGCCAGCAUUAGCAUCAGUAUUGUGAAACUUAUACUUGUAAAGUUGGGGGAGGAGGAGACUGCCGGUAUUUCUGGCCUUGAACUUAAUUCGCUCUUGGAAAGGCUCAACCACCUUUUAUCAGGUAAAAAGUAUUUAAUUGUGUUGGAUGAUGUGUGGCAUAAUAUGGAGUUCUAUAGGGACCUUGGCUAUCAGCUUCCUGAUGGUGAGAAAUUUGGGGAUCGGUUAUCUGAUGGGUUGCCUAAGGAUGGUGGUGGUGCAGUCAUUGUGGUUAGUAGGAUACCAGAAGUGGCUCUAGAUAUGGUGGGGAUAUGCCAAAGUACUCUGCAUAAGCGGCUGACCAUGCUCAAAAGGAAGUCUGCAGUCUCCAGUCUGGUGCAUGAACAGCAAAAACGCCAAACACCUAUAUCUAACACACCCAGCCCAUCAAUCUCUACACCAAAAGAGAAGACCAGUGUGGCAGAAGAAUGUUUGCCAUUUGCUGAGAAGGUAAAGAACAUUUCAAGUGAAAACGUGCCACUUCUUAAUGUAGGGAUAUAUAGUGAAUUUAAGGACUCCCGCAUGCUUGUUGGUGAUCCAACUGGAACUGGAUUUACAGCAAUUGGGAUAGUUGGCAUGGCUGGCGUCGGUAAGUCCACUUUUGUGCACAAUGUCUUGAAAACCGUGUGGUCUGAAUAUGAUCCCAUAGUUUGGUUAUGCUUGUCGGAUAUAAUCAAAGGUAGAAAACAAGGACCAAAUGUCACUGCCAGUCAUGAGGUGAUCAGCAUUAGCAUUGUGGCAUGUAUCCUCGAAAUGUUGGGGAUUUCCAUAGCUAGGCAAGACCUUGGCAUUGCCGAGCUCUUGGAAAGGCUAAAUCAUAUUUUAUCGGGUAAACGGUAUUUGAUUGUGUUGGAUGAUGUGUGGGACAUUAUGGAGUUCUGUUCAGAUUUAUCUUAUAAGUUACCCGAAGGUGAGAAAAUUGGGGAUCAGUUAUCUCAAGGAUUGCCCAAGGACUGUGGUGGUACGGUCAUUGUCACUAGUAGGAUAACUGAAGUGGCUCAACAUAUGGUUGGCUUGGGCCAAAAUAACUUGUUUCUUGUUACGCCUUGGGACAGAGGACAGUGCUUGUUAUACUUCGACAGCUUUAUCUUCCAUGAAAGAUUACGGUGUGGUAAAGAAAAACGUUUUGGCGUGUCAAAUACAGAAACUGUGAGAAAGGUCCAUAAUGAAAUCCUGGAUCAAGUUUGUGGUCUGCCAUUAAUGGUCAAAACUCUCGCAUACUUAAUCUUUGAAAACCAGAUCAGUCAGAAUGAUUAUAGUAGGUCUGCCCUGAAGAAGAUGUUGAUACCUCGUGAAUUUCUUAUUGAUUGUUCAUGGGAGUAUGUUCCGAUCAAUGAAAGAAAUUUCGACUGGGCUCAUGAUAAAAUGGACAUGCCAAAAUGCCCAGUUUUUGUGUUUAUUGAUUUCCAAAGCGACCUUAUAGGAGCUCUAGCUGAAGACUUUCGCUACCAGCUUAAUCGUGUGCAGGUUCUUUCUGUGUUACAUGAGAGUUUCAUUACGCGAAGAUGUUCGCCAAUGAAACCAGAAAGGGCGUUAGAGGAGUUUUAUGGUUCUCUAGCAAAGCUUAAGGGUGAAGGACAUGAUUUUGCUGAUGAAAUUCAAAAGAAGAUGACAUUUAUAAUUGUUGGUGGAGAUGUUUUUGUUAACUGGUUUUUAGGAGUUUUAUGCGAUCUAAAAUUGCCAGACUCACCCUCCAUUGUUCCCAUUGCACUCGGAAUCAAAAGUAACAUUCCAUUUUCGUUUGGAUGGGAAUUUGAUGCAAUGAAACCAGUGAACAAGAUAUUGGAGACAGUUCUAAAUCAUACAAAACAUAUCAAAACAGAUAGCUGGCAUAUCCUCAUCAAGAUGGAAGCCGCCAUUCCUACAGAUUAUCAAGAAAUACCAUAUUGUUUGCAGUUAUGUCAUCCAGUUCACAAACCAAAUAUGGAAAAUGUGGAUAACCAGCCAUUAAUCCGUGGAGAAUUUUGGAACUACUUCAGCUUUGGUGUUGACGAUCCAAGAUUGUAUGGAGCUUUGCGCUUUCGCCACAUUUCAAGGACCUUAAACAGGUUACUUGCAAAAGUAGAGGUUUUGAAACAUCACGGUGAUCAGUGGAAAACGCUUAGCAUACCUAGUAGCAUCAGGUCAAUUGUUUGUCUUAACUUGCCUAGCUUUGUUGGCGGACUAAAUCCUUGGUCAAAAGCAAAUGUGAAGAAAGAUCAAAGUAUAGACUUGACCCCAUCUUUGAUAGAUGAUGGCCGUCUUGAAAUUAUUGGUUCCAGAGAUGAUUUGCUUUGUCCGAAGAAAAGGUGGAUUCGCCUUGAUCAGGUACGAGAAAUUCGCUUCAAGUUUAUUGGGGACUCAGCUGAGGUUAUAAACAUGAUGAUCGAUGGAGUACCGUUGAAAAAAUCCCGACUUGAUGGGUUAGAUGCGAUUGAAAUCUCUCACCACCGUCAAGUCAACAUUCUUGUUGAACAAAAUUACUCAGCAAAUAGUAUCCAUGACUCAUAGCCAUAUAAGAAGCUUGGUGCAGAAAGUACUUCCGAUAUCUUCACUAUUGAUGAUAAUGAGGCUAAAGACUAAAGAGCACUCUCAAAGCCACGAGACUGAUGACAUCAAUUCAUGAAGAGUACUUUUGAAUUUUGAAUAACAUGAAAAGUUUGGUGACAAGCAAGCCCUUCGGAAAUCCCUUAUCAUGCUGACAAUUCUGAAGAGUACGUACUCUCAAGAACUUGAUGGCCAUGUCGAGACACUAAACUAAGCACGCGGCAAAGACAAGGGUAUGGAAGGCUUAUAUGGAAAACAUGAGCAUAGUAUCAGAUUAGUGCGGAGAAAAUCACAAUACCUUUUUUUUUUUUUCCCUAAUUUUUUAUUUAUUUAAAGACAAUUUGAUUGAUCGGUGAAUAUGAUACAAGAAGAACUAGGGAAUAAUCAAUCACUGUACUAGUUUUUCUAAGAGGCUCUCACCUGACAGACUGAUAGGGCUGUAAAUAGGUUCGAUACAGCUCGUGUUCGACUCGUAUUCGGCUCGAUUUUAGCUCGUUUGGCUCGUGUUCAUAAGAUAAAUGAGCCGAGCUUGAGCUCAAUAAUAAGCUCGACAAAAUAACUAGCCGAGCUUGAACAAUAAUAUAUUCGGCUCGUCUAGCUCGUGAGUAGUUCGAGUUUGUUAAAACUCAACAUGUAUUAAAACUCGACUCA